UAUAUCUCGACCCUCCACUGUAAAACAACUUCAAGAACUCUCUAUAAUUCCAAAAUACGCCCCUUCUCCACUGUAAAACCGAACAUCAAAGCCAAAGGGAAAUUUUGGACUUUGCUUGAAUAGCCGAUCCUCGAUGAGUUCCUCCCCCGCAUCGCAGGUGUUAUCUGAGAAGCAAAAUCAGCAGGUGGAGAGAAUAUUAAAGGCCAGAAAUGAUGACCAUGGAGGAGUCAUGGUGGAAAUGGCCAAUGAGCCCAUGGAUGCUGGUGUCUUUGUUUAUUUACUUAGAGCCUCGCUUUCCCAUUGGAGACGGCAGGGGAAAAAAGGUGUCUGGAUUAAAAUGCCUAUUGAGCUCGUAAAUCUUGUUGAGCCGGCUGUUAAGGAAGGAUUUUAUUAUCACCAUGCAGAACCUAAAUACGUUAUGCUUGUCCAAUGGCUUCCCAGUAUUGCUAAUACGCUGCCGGCUAGCGCCUCACAUCAAGUCGGUAUCGGCGCUUUCGUUGUGAAUGAUAAGAAUGAGGUACUAGUUGUCCAGGAAAAGAAUGGAAAGUUCGGUAAAACGGAUGUCUGGAAGUUCCCUACAGGAGUUGUUCAUGAGGGAGAAGAUAUAUGUGAUGCUGCAGUGAGAGAGGUAAAAGAAGAGACAGGAAUUGAUUCAAUUUUUUUAGAAAUACUAGCUUUCAGGCAGAGCCACAAGUCGUUCUUUGACAAGUCAGAUUUGUUCUUCGUGUGCAUGAUGCAACCACUCUCCUUUGACAUCAAGCCACAGGAAUCAGAGAUAGAGGCAGCACAGUGGAUGCCAUACGAAGAAUAUGCAGCCCAACCAUUUGUUCAAAAACACGAGCUUCUUCGGUAUGUUGCCGAUGUUUGCAGAAGAAAGAAAGAUGGAGUGUAUUCAGGAUUCUCUGCAGUGCCUACAAUAACUAGUUUUUCUAAGAAGAAAUGCUACUUGUAUUUGAACACGCAGGACUUAGACUUUUAAGAUUUGCUUGUACUCGAACACAUUGUUAAAUCACAGAGUCGUAGAAUAUGUUUCUUUCUUCCUUUGUGUAAACUUAUAUGGCUUGUGUGGACGCACGAGGCAUUAGAAAAGAAACUAAAAUUAUUAUUAUUAUUAUUUUUUAA